AUGAGUCGAUACUAUUCAAAUUCGGAUGAUGUACAUUAUGCUUCUCGCCAACGAUCGGAUGGUUUGCAAGCAUCUGGUUGGCAAUCACCAUUACCAACGAAUCAUGUCAUACCGAUAUCAUCAGUAAUACGUCUUGUUAUUGACUGUCCGUUUGGGUCAAAAAAAUGUGAUUACUCAAUUGAUAAAUCGCAACAAGGUCGAUUAAUUGUUACUGCACGUCGUCGACAUACAUGUAAAUCUGAUGACUUUUCUGCAAGUAAUAAGGAUAAUAAUAUGGCUGUUCAAACAUUUACAAUUCCACCUGACGCUGAUGUUGAUCAUUUAGAGUCUCAUGUAGAACGUUACACAAACUGUUUAAUAAUACAAAUUCCUCGUUUGUCUUCAUCAUAUAUGAACACAAGUCCAAUUUCGACUCCAUUAAUUCGUCCGCCUGAUUAUUUGUUACCAACAACUGCGAGUACUACUUCUCAAGUAAUACUUGGCGACAGUCAAUUGCAUAGAAAUUAUUAUGACAAUAAUCGAAAACUUGAAUAUUUAAUUGAUUGUAAUGGUUAUACAGCAGAUGAACUUGACGUAUUUAUUCAAGAUUAUGAUUUAAUGGUGCAAGGUAGAACUAGACGAGCAACAUCACCGGUUCCAAUACAAAGAAUUCUAUCAAAAGAAUUUUCGCGCAAAAUUUCAUUACCAACUACAGUUGAUUUGACAAAAGUUAUAUCGUAUUUUGAAAACGGUCAAUUACGAGUUGAAGCACCAAUUAAACGUGAAAUUUAUUAUCGUGAUAAUGCUAUACUUUCACCCGAAUCAUUAUCAACUGUAAAAUACAGUCCGGUUCAAUCACCAAUACCAGGUACUCAUCAACGUCAUUAUCGACGGCAGGAACGUGUUAGUCGUCAUCGAGAAUAUGAUCGUGGUAAUAAUGUUCGAUCACUGAGUCCUGUGCAACGAACAUAUUCAACUGAAGGUUUUGACUAUCCUGUGUAUAGAUCAACGAGAGAUCUUGAUAUGGGCGAUGAUCUAAGACGAAGUCGUCAUCAAGGAAUGUACAAGUACGAACGGUAUGCUAGCAAUGGCGAUGGUGCAAAACUACAGCCCAUAUUAACAUCUGUUUAUUCACCAAGACAAGAGGUUGCUCGCGCUAGAACAACACAUCAUUACUAUCCGAUGGAUGAAGAUAUGCAUUUUAUGUACUAA